AUGGCUUUCGCUAAUAUUAGACGUGUAAAUCACUGCCGUUUGCAUCGCCUCGAUACUACAGAAGAAUAUAGCUGCGAUGACUUAACCAUCGGAACAUACUUUAAUGUGCAACAUGUAAGUCGGUUUCUUUUACGACCAACCACAUGUAAACGCUUUGCAUUUCCAUGGUUGUUUUUGAAGCACAUUUCGUUUUCAACAAAUUUGUACUUUUCUUCAGAGUACGGACUUGGAAAGAAAUUCCCAGACAAUGAGGGUGAUACAUUUUGCUGAUGUCAAUGUAAACAUUUCUGGCCGAAUGCAUAUUGGCAGUGCAUCUCAGAGCUGCGUAAUCGACAGGCUGCUUUUCACUAUUGAGACAGAACAAAACAUUGCAGAUAUCUACUUACCCUUGGUCUAUAUUCCAGUGGACUUACUGAGAAAAACGUUUAAAAUGAACCUUGAAUACUUGCAGGAAAUAAUGCGGACGGUCUGCUAG